AUGGUGUCUCUAGGACUUUCCUUCACUCUAGUUUUUCUCUUGGCAAUCUUAUUCACAGUUGCUGAAGCUAACAACAACAGAAAACUCUUGAAAACUCCCACUAACUACCAACCACUAUAUUCUCCUUCUCCAUCGCCUUAUCGGUCUCCAGUUACUCUUCCUCCUCCUCCUCCACAUCCGGCUUAUUCUCGUCCGGUUGCUCUUCCUCCCACACUUCCGAUUCCUCAUCCUUCUCCUCAUGCUGAAAGAUUCUACUACAGGCAAUCUCCUCCACCUCCCUCCGGAAAACCUUGGUGGUGGUUGUUGUAGGCUUUAACUCAGGACAAGAUAUUUUCAAUGUCUUAAAACAUGAGGAGUGCAUUAUUAAUUUCUUAACUUGGUUUUGAUGUUUCUCAUUUUUCCUUGAGGUAUUUCUAUUUUGUAAUGUGAGUGAAGUUUUUAUCCACG